CAGGAUAAAACAGUUGUUUGCUGAUCUGAAACACACUUUAUCCAGACACCAUGGACUGUGAGAAAGGAUUGUUCGUGGCUGUUGCGUUGUUGGCGCUUGUUUUAACUGCUGACAGCAUCACUGGCGGGAAGGAAGCGGUGGCCCAUUCUCGUCCCUACAUGGCUUCACUGCAGGUUUCUAGAGAUGGCAAACUGAAGCAUGAGUGUGGGGGGUUUCUAGUUGCUGACCAGUGGGUCAUGAGCGCUGCACACUGCUUUGUCUCCGGGUCGACAGGGAUGAAGGUCGUCCUUGGUGCUCAUUCUCUGAGCAACGCAGAGGAUUCUAAACAAACGUUCAGCAUCCUCCAAGCGUACAGCCACCCUGAUUUCAGCAUCUCUAACUAUAACAAUGACAUUGCUUUGGUCAAGCUGGAUCGGAAAGUGGUGGCCAGUGAUUCUGUGAAGACCGUGAAGUUCCAGCGUGAUGGCACAAGUGACCCUGACAAGGACAAGGAAGUCAACACUGCUGGGUGGGGGUCACUGAACAACCUGGGGUCGCGACCUGACACGUUGCAGGAAGUUGUCAUCGCCGUGAUGGACAGGGUGCGCUGUGGUCGGAGUGAUUACUACGGCUGGAGGUUCACCGACAACAUGCUGUGUGCUGCCAGACCUCGCACCGACACCUGUGACGGAGAUUCUGGAGGUCCCCUGCUCUAUCAGGACGUGGUCGUGGGGAUCACCUCAAACGGAGGAAAGAAGUGUGGCUCCAGCAGGAAGCCUGGCUUAUACACCAUCAUCUCCCACUACACCGAGUGGAUCGACCAGAUCAUGGCCCAGUAGAUGCCUGCUUCCUGAACAACAUUGUAUUCCCUAUAUAGUACACUAAUUUACACCAUAAACCAUAGAAGCCUAUUCCCUACAAAGUGCACUUCUUUAGACCAGCGCAGACUAACACAGUAAAACAAGACACACUAUAUAGCAGCUACUUAUAAGAUAAUGAUCACUGUAAAAAUCACACCAAUAAACUAUUUCCAUGAAUUGAUUAACGUAA